GCUGUUCAUACUUUCAACGCACUUGGAUAUACGGUCGCACUCAGCAGCUUUUGAGUGCCCUGCCUGGACUAAGACAUCUUAUUAGCCGUUCACGGUCGACUUCCUGUUUUACCAAAUACCACAUUGAAAACAAUGCAACAAAGUAGGACAUCCACGAAACAAAGUGGUCUUUGGCGGCGACAGCAGUUAGGCUAUAAAUGCACCACAUGUUGUCGCAAGUUGCGGUUUGCAGCUCAGCGCCAGGCCCAUCCAGUCGCGCUGGCAGGAGCAUCGAAUUCCUCGCCCCAGUCGUUCAGUUUCCGUGUAACUGCAAAGCAGGCGGCCUCCAAGCUGAGACUGGACUCCUUCCUCGUCGCCCAGAUCUCUGCACAGCUCUCCACUGCCGCCAUCGCCGCUCGGCCUGCAGCUCUCCAGCCUGCAGCAGCAGCAGCACCAACAGCAGCAGCAGCACCAACAGCAGCAGCAGCCGCGCAGCAGGCGGCGCUCCCGGAGGUGUCCCGCGCCAAGGUGCAAGCCAGCAUCGCGGCGGGGCUGGUGGCCGUGAACGGACGGCCCGCUUGCAAGGCCUCGCAGCAGCUGCGCGCGGGGGAUGCGGUGGUGGCCUCGUUGCUGCCGCCGCCGCCGCUGCAGGCGGUUCCGGAGGCGAUACCGUUGGACAUUCGUUACGAGGACGAGCAUCUGUUGGUAGUUAACAAGCCCGCCGGUAUGGUCGUCCACAUCGCUCCCGGACACCACUCGGGCACCCUGGUGAAUGCGCUGCUACACCACUGCGCCCUGCCGGCCCUGGAUCUAGAUCUGGGGGAGCUGGAUCUGAAUAACAACGGACUGGAUCCAGAAGCGGAUUUCAUGGAUGCAGCAACCGUGGAUCCGGAUUUGGAUCCGGAUUUGGCUCGGACUGGUUUAGGUGAUGAUGAUGAUGAUGAUGAUGAUGGUGAUGGUGGUGGUGGUGGUCAUCCAGAUGUGGGGGGUGAAGAGGAGUCCGGGGAGGAUCCGGAGGAGGAGCGAGAGCAAGGGGGGGCUGUUCAGCGUGACAAAACACAGCACGAAAGCAGCGCACUCGGUGCUGCUGGGGCCCACAGCAAUAACCGCAGCCGCAGCAGCAGCAGUUGUAGUGGACAUAGCAGUGGUGCUCCUCCUCCUGCUGCUCCUUCCGCUGCCGCUGCUUCCCCUGGCUGCCUGCGCCCCGGUAUCGUGCACCGGCUGGACCGGGGCACUAGCGGGCUGCUGCUGGUGGCCAAGACGGAGGGGGCGCUGCGGAGGCUGCAGGCUCAAUUCAAGGACCGCACGGUGGAUCGCACCUACGUGUCCGUCACCACCGGCUGCCCCGCCCCGCCGCAAGGCCGCGUGGAAACCAACAUUGUGCGAGACCCACGGGACCGCAAACGCAUGACAGCUGCGCCGUACGGUUGCGGACGGGGUCGUACGGCAGCCAGCGGCUACAGCGUGGUGUCGUCGCUAGCUGGCGGGGGGGCGGCGCUUGUGCGGUGGAAGCUAGACACGGGCCGUACACACCAGAUCAGGGUGCACGCCAGACACAUGGGGCAUCCGCUGUUCGGGGACGAAACGUACGGCGGCGCAGGAUCCGGAGCGGUUGCGGCGGUUGCGGCGCGAGGAGCCGUCCCUGCGGAUAAGGUACGGCAGUGUCUGGAGCAGCUGGGUCGUCCGGCGCUGCACGCCCUUACGCUGGGUUUCACACAUCCGGCCAGCGGGGAGCGUAUGAUGUUCGAGCAGCCGCCGCCGGAGGACUUUGAGAUGGCUGUACGACAGCUCAGCACUUGAAACGACAGCGGCACGACAGCUGGAGACAUUGAGAGGGCCCUCGGGAGGGCUGUACGGCAGCUGAGUGAGCUGAGGGGCACGUGACCGGUGAUGUUUGGAAGGUGUUGGUGGUGGUGGUGGUCGGUUAGAGACCCCUUUCACGUGUGCUGAGCGAGGUACUAGCUGAGACUUGCGGGAAGGGGGCUGUUGCAACUUGUGUGCUGUGCCCAGCAAACUGAUGUCUGCAUGUCCGUACGAAUGCGAUUCUAGGUUGGUGCGUGUGCAGUGUUGCGAGCGAGUGGGUCCUUGAAGAGGGACGUGCAUUGGGUGCGGGUUGCAGUGAUUUUGCUUUGGUGCGACCCUUGGAGCUAAAGUAACUUGAGCACUGGUCGUUGUUUGGUUUGGGGGCUAUUCAAAGACUUUGUUCGCUAAAGCGUUGUUUGGUUUGUGGCGUCUGCUUGCAUAUCGCUGAAGAUGGUUUCGCACGUGCAUCCGGCCACGCUCAGUCGCUGACUGAUGCCGUUUUGGGGGCUAACGAGGUGUAGAGUUAAAUGGUGCAUGCAAGUAUGCGUUGUAGGCUGUUUUGGGUUUCACAGACGUUGCUGCUGACGUCGCGACAUGUACCUUGUAAAACUUGGGGGA